CGUCGCUGUUUGAAAGAUUGGCGGUCGGACACGGUGCUUCUCACAUGCCUGCUAUGAAUUUGAGUAAAUUAACAAAAAUCUAGUAGAUAUUGUACAUGUUUUAUAUACGAAGGCUAUAGCUGUCGAGAGAGGCAAGAAAGCAGAUCAACCAAGCACACUUAAUCGUAGGUUUGCUAGCUACCGGUAACUAGUUAGCUGCUAGUUAUACACAUUUAGAUAAGUUACGUAUUUCUGGAGAAGCAGUCCGCUAAUGUCAGUGAGAAGGGCUCUGGUGGACUGUGUUGUGUUGUCUCUUCAGGACUCGUGUGUGUUAUACCCCUGUUGCAGAGGAUGCUUCUCCAGGAUGCAACAGACGGACACGGCCAGAUGGCACUGCUCCAGGUCUUGCUACAGUUGUCUGGAACCACACCUGGUCUACAGGUACCGCCUGGCUCUAAGGGUCACCAGAGACAACACCAUAUUUGGGGUGACUGUGUUCGGGAGCUGUCUCAACCCCCUCUUUGGAGCCCCUGCCACCGACCUUCACAGGCUGGUGGAGGAGUCUUCCGGUCCAGUGGGAAGUGAAGGUCAGAGGUCAGGGUGUCGAAGCAGGCUGCUGGUUAAGGCCGUAGAGGACUGCUUCAUUGGAAGACAUUUUGUUUUUGGGAUCAAGAUAUCUGGCCCCCACCCCUACAGGAGAGAGGCAGGCCAGUUCAUCGCCAGUCAGAUCUCUCUGCCCAUGGCCUCUGUUCCAGGCUGCUCUGUAGUCAGUUACUACAGAACCCUCCUACAGCAAGCUGCUCUCUGCGCUGACUGGACAACUGAUCCUAGACCAGCUCCCCAGCCCAGCGCUGACACCAGUACAGCUCCUCUCCUGCGUCACCCUUCUCCUCUCCACAGCUUCGACUCUACACUGCCCUCCUGUGGCCGAUCCAUGUCACUGCAGUGCACCUUAGCCCUCACCCCAACCCCGACCAACAUACACAAGGCACCCUGGCAACAGUCUCCGGGGGUGAUCACGUCGUCUGCAGAACAGGAGGAAGAUGAGGGGGGGGGAGAGGAUAAAGGACUGAGUCAUGGGGAGGGGGACACAUUAGGAUCAGUAGUCAGGGGGAGGGGGACACAGUAG